AGUGUUGGACGGAAAUGGCUGCAGCUGUCAACUACUCUCACGCUAAUGUUGGUAAUGUCGUCUAAAUAAUUGACACGCCGUUGCUGUUGCGCCCUCGAGGGACAUAUGAAUUAUGGGGGAACUGCUGGUGGAGUAACUCUGUCACCUGCUGAAUUCUCUGUGUGUGUUUGUGGCGCAGCUGCGUCGUCCUGAUUUUUCUGAAGCGCUCUGAGAUUGAGGUGACUAUGGCAUCCAACUUGAAGCAGAUGAGCGAAGAGUCCUACACACUUUCAGGAUCGAAUGGACUGAAUGGGGCGAAAUCACCAGGAGUUGCGGCCGUCGAGCGUAACCACACCAGCAGGCUGUCCCGUGCGGGCAGGAUGGCCUUGGAUGUGCAGGGCAAAUGUGCUGCAUACGUGUUGGCUUUAAGACCAUGGAGUUUCAGCGCCUCCCUCACACCAGUGGCUCUGGGCAGCGCUCUGGCCUACAAACUGGAAGGCUCUGUGGACCUCCCCAUUCUCCUGGUCUGUGCCGUUGCGGUUCUGUUGGUCCAUGGGGCUGGGAACUUGGUGAACACCUACUAUGAUUUUUCCAAGGGAAUCGACCAUAAGAAGAGCGAUGACAGGACUUUGGUGGAUCAGAUCCUGAAGCCACAGGAUGUGGUAAUGUUUGGGGCGGCGUUGUACUCUGCAGGAUGCCUGUGCGCCACUCUGUUGUACUUCCUGUCCACGCUAAAACUAGAGCAUUUAGCUCUCAUUUAUUUUGGAGGACUGUCAAGUUCUUUUUUAUAUACUGGAGGCAUAGGGCUGAAGUAUGUCGCUCUGGGCGAUGUGGUCAUCCUCAUCACCUUUGGUCCUCUGGCAGUUAUGUUUGCCCAUGCGGUGCAGGUGGGCUACCUGUCAGUGCUGCCGCUGGUCUACGCUGUGCCGCUGGCGCUCAACACCGAAGCCAUCCUGCACAGCAACAACACGCGAGACAUGGACUCGGACAAGCAGGCGGGUAUUGUGACCCUGGCGAUUAUGGUGGGGCCCACGAUGUCCUACGUCAUCUACAAUCUGCUGCUUUUUGUUCCUUAUUUGCUGUUCUGCAUCUUGGCCACACGCUAUACGAUUAGCAUGGCUCUUCCGUUGUUGACACUGCCUAUGGCCUUUCCUCUUGAGAGGCAGUUUCGCCAACAGUGUUACGCAAAGAUUCCUCAUAAAACUGCCAAACUCAAUUUGCUCAUGGGACUCUUUUAUGUUUUUGGGAUUAUAUUGGCGCCAAAGGGUAGCUUGCCGUUGUUGUGAGAUCCUUGUUGUUCCUGUUCUUUUUAAUAUAGUUUCCUAUUUGUUUUAAACAGCCUUAGAUAAAAGCUUUAGAUACUUUUUGUAUUUCUAGUAACAUUAAUCUAAGGUUGAAAGACUUUAAUUUAUUGUUGUUAAUUUAUAUUUUGCAGUGAGCAAGUGUUCUCAGUACAGUGCUAAGGUACGUAGGCUGUCCAGGGACAUCAGUAUUGUAAAAGCGGAUGAGUAUAAAAAAUACAAUUAUAUCUAUAUGGUUUACUAGUGAAAUCAGAGUUUCAGAUAUAUUUAGGACACUUCUUAUGAUGUCAUGUUUUGUAAACAAACUGUUUCUGAUCAUGUUUUCGGUUGUAAUUUUAUAAAACCAAUGACACAUUUCAAGUACAAAAUCUAAAUCUAUCUGUUCAUGAACACUCACUUCAGUCUGAGAGACAAAGAUACAGUUGGUGAGCUAUGAUGCGUGUUUUCAUGAAGGCAAAUCUGUUAUCAGCAAAUAAUGGUUUAGUUGUAGGGCCAUUAGCUGUGUGUUAGGUUUUGCCAAAGCCUUUCACAAAAUAAACGUGUAUAUUAUUGUAUAUAUCACCUUUAUGCUGUGAUGAAACAUUUCUAUCUUGGUGUAAGUGAGCUCUUACAUAAUGGUAGUGCCCUGUCCAUAAGUCACAAGAGAAUUUCACUUAAUGUUUGAAUAAGUAUAAAAAUGAUGCGAGUUAUGCUGUGGCCUUCACACUCUCCAGGGAGAUUUCAGACUGACAUGCUCUUCAACACCAUCAUCAAAACACCAAAUAAGGGAAUAUCCUUACUCCAGUAGACUAACAGUACAUGAUCGACGGCAGGGAACAUUGAAGUUGUUCUGGUGGCAUGUGGUGAAACAAGCCUUAGGAUGAUAUGCCUACAAAGGAUUCAAGUAAGAUAUUGGAAAAUCUUUUGUCUAGUACUUUUUAAGGCAUGUCACAGGGCAAUGAGUUCCUCGUGAAAGUUCUGAACCAAUAAAAGUGAGCACCAACAGUUAGAAUACACAAAAUACUUAUUAUUAUACUAUACUUUUCUAGCUUUUAAAUGCAAAUGUGUUCUUUUCAGACUGUAAAAAUAAUUAAAUUAAAGUUCUAACCCUAAAUCAUGACUUAUCUUAAAUCUUAACCAGGUUAUAAUUUUUCCCUUAAAGGGAUAGGCUACUCCACCCAAAAAUGAAAAU